AUGUCGGCUUCAAAGUACGGAUCUACUGAUGGACAAGCUUCAACUUCUAGUGCCAACCAAUUGAGUGUACCAGAACCCUACCAACCACGCAAGAACUCGAGGUAUGAAGAAUCCAAGAAAAUUGCUAGGAAAUAUAAAGAUUAUGAGGAGUUUCUGAGUACUCAAAAUUUACUGGAGUCUGGAGAGAGCAGCAGCGUCAUUGACGAGGCUAUACCAACGGACCUGAGAGAAGUCGGGCGGAAUUUGAGGAGCCACAAGAAGUUAGAUGACAAUGUAUAUGAAGCAGUCAAACAGACUUUACCCGAAGACAUAAAUGCUAAUAAUGUCGAAGAAGACAGCGAUGAAGCACCUGAAGAGGAAUCUUUACUUACGGGAAAAGAAAACGUGAUAGCUAAACUUGAGGCUGAGCGUGCUGCGCUUCGAGAUAUCGAAAGACAAAAGAAAGAGAAACGAAAGCAAAUUGAGGAACGAAAUCGGCAACAAGCGGAACAACGCAGAAAGAGGGCUGAGAAACCCGAGGAAACCCCAAAAUUUCUUCCUCAAGACCUGUUACAGAAUUACGACGCAGAGGAGGAACUCGAAAAGCCUAAAAAAACUGUCUUCAAUGAUGAGGAACCAGCUACUACUCGAAAGGAGAUCUUGGCAGUUAAGCUCAAGGAGGCUCGUGGAAUGAGUAAGAAAGUGAUGAGGAAGGGCCCUGUGCGAGUUCAGGUUCUCAAUAAGAACAGGGGUCUCUUGAGCGUACCAACAAAUAACAUCAAGUCGAAAAAGGAUAAGUGGCUGAACCGCAAAGUUCUCAAGCGCAAGUAA